GCCGAGCUUCCCUAUCGCUUUCGGCGUCGGCAAUCAACUCCAUCGCCAUGGAGGUCACCAUUUCUGCGGUUACUAGUGAACUUGUCAGCCGGUUCAUCUCCUUCCUGAUGAACAAGUAUCAGUCGCAUAGCCACACACAACUAGAUGAGGAGAAGUUGGUGGAGAAGCUUCAGCAUCUCCUGAUUAGAGCUCGCACCGUCAUCGAGGAGGCGGAUCGGCGAUGCAUCGCCAACUCCGGGAUGCUGAUGCAGCUCAAGAUGCUCACAGAGGCCAUGUACCGAGGCCAUCAUGUACUGGACGCCUUCAAUUUCCAACAACUACUACUUGACGGCAGUAUCAUCGACGAGGUUAGCGACUCAUCCAGCGUCUCAUAUUUGUCCUUCCCUUUCAAGCGUCCUCGAAGAACCACGUCCUUCCCUUUCAAGCGUCCUCGAAGAACCACGUCCAAACGGAAGGGCAGAUCCAUUCACCUGGAGUUACACGGUGCCUUGAAAAGCUUAGAAAUUGUUGUCGCAAACAUGGCAGAAUUUGUUGUGCUUCUGGGCGGAUGCGAGCGGAUGUCUCGUAGGCCUUAUGAUGCCUACCUUUACACAGACCACUUCAUGCUCGGUCGGCACGUAGAGAAGCAGCACCUCUUGAGCUUCUUACUGCAACAUGACCCUCCGGGUAAUUCUCCGGCCGUGCCACCGAUCAUUGGUGGCGUCGCGGUCGGAAAGAAAACGCUGGUUGCUCAUGUCUGCGACGACGAGACGGUCCGCUCGCAUUUCGCUUCAAUUUUGCACUUGAAUGGAGAUAGUCUCCUGAGAAUCAUUGAGCAUGGAAGGACCAUGUUAGGGAGUAGAUUUUUGGUGGUUGUUGAGUUUGUUUCAGAUGUAGAUGAGGAGGACUGGACAAAGUUUUACUCCUUUGUAAAAAGAAUGGGCAAGGGAAGCAGGGUGAUCAUCAUAAGUAAGCUUCAAAGGCUAGCCAGAUUUGGAACAGUGAAGCCAAUUUAUCUCAGUAACCUCUCCUAUGAGGAGUUUUGGUACCUCUUCAAGACACUCACGUUUGGCAGUGCAGAUCCGUCAGAGCACCCGCAGCUAGUGCGAAUUGCGGAAGAAUUUGCAAAGAUCUUUCAGCCGGGAGGGUCACUCGUCACGACAAAUGCGUUCGCAAAUGUGUUGAGAAGGAAUCUGGAUGUUCAAUUCUGGCUUUGCGUGUUGGGCAAAACAAGACGAGUGAUUCAGAAGAACCUAUCCGAGCACGGUGUAUAUCCAUAUUUGCUCUUUGAACAAGGUCAUCCGGUGGACAUAACCGACUUUGCUUUGCAUCCAUUGUCUGCAGUUCGCAUCGCUAACUGUACUAAUGGCAGCAACAGAUUGACUAAUAAUGCUCAGAUGAAGAAGGAAACAGUGACACUUGUAGAACUGCUGGUAAACCCGAAUAACAGACCAAAAGGCGAGUUCAGUCUGUUGGCAUGGGAAUCAAGGAUACCCCCUUACACAAGGUUCGAACACUUUGUUGCAAGUUCUGUUCAAGGUCUACCUGAAGGUGUUAACUUGUCCGGGAGGAAGAAACGUCGAGUGCCUAUCUGAUCUUAUAUGCUAUAACAUUUGCUUCCACUUUAGAUAGUGACCUUACUGAUCUUGUAAUAUGACGCUUGUGCAGUGUAACUAUGGUCCUGCUUUUCAGAUAUAUUGAAUAGAAAGGUGCUAAAAUGACUCGUGGCAUCUGUGGCGUUUGGCUA